AUGUGGGAGGCCCUGAAGCUCCUCGGAUACAACACCUACCACUUCAAAGAAAUCGGUGGCUGUCCACAAAACGUUUCGGAGAGACACCUCUGGUGCUGGCGUGAAGCCCUCAUCGCGAAGCUCUACAACAGCGGGAAGCGCUACGAGGCAGCGGAAUUUCGCACACUUCUCCGGCGGUACAACGCCGUGACAGAUGCCCCUUGUGUCAACUUCUCAGAUGAGCUGUUGGCAACAUAUCCAGAUGCCAAGGUUAUUCUCACAAACCGGAAUACAGAGAAAUGGCUCCAUUCGAUCUUCCGGACGUAUCACCGUGUGUUGGAGAAUAAGGGGUUCAGGGUUGCUGCGGUUUUUGAUCCGGCCCUAAACGCCCUCUCGGAACUCUUUUGCCUUGUACUCCACGACUGGAGUGGCGGCGACUGGCGUAGUCGUGACAAGCUACGAGAAGGCUAUACGACGCACUACGCGCAAAUCCGGGAAAUCGUCCCCAACGAUAACCUACUAGAGUGGGAGCCCAAAGAUGGAUGGGAGCCUCUCUGCAAGUUCCUGGGGAAACCAGUCCCGAAUCAGCCGUUUCCUUAUGCGAACAAAGGGAAUGAUGUCUCGGAUCGGCUGUUGCUGGGAGGGAAAAUCCGGUUGGUGAAGUGGGCGCUAGGGAAGAUAUUUUGGCCUGCGGCCGGAGUGGCUGUGGGAAUUGGAGCUUGGUGGUUGUAUGCGAACGUGGACCUUUGA